AUGAAUAUAUAUAUAUUAUAUGCCUUACUAUUAUGCAUAAAGCAAUUUUCUGCUUACCCAGAAAAUCAUGUCUGUGAUUUUACAAAAGAAGAAAAUUUAAUUAAACAUUCAAAUAAUAAAAUUUGCGAAAUAAAUGCCAAACCAUUUGAUAUAUUAACUUUUAUAUGCCCCAAACAUGCUGGAACAAAAUGUUUUCAUAGUGUAAGUUUAUAUAAUGAUACGAAAAAUCUAAAUAGAUCAGUAAUAUCGAUAAAUACUAUAUUAUACGGAUCAAUAGCUUAUGAAAAUAAUCUUAUAGUAUCACCAGCAGUUAUAAAAAAUCAAACAUUCCAUUGUUUUUGUGAUUUACAAACGGAUGAAGAAAAUAAAGUAUUACCAGUAGAAGUAAAAGAAGAGAAAAAGGAAAAAGGGAAAGAGGAAAAAGAGAAAAAGGAAGAAGAGGAGCAAAUAAUAGAAGAAGAAGAGCAAAUAAAUGAAAAUGAUCAAAGAGCAUUAGAUAAGGUGAACAAGCUUGUAAAUAAUAUACAAAAAAAAAAUGAACAACAACAACAAGAUAAUGAAGAGGUGGUUUUAGAGGAACCACAACUUGUUGUAAAAAAAUCAACACAUAAAUAUGGAAUUAUGAAAGUUGUUGUUUCUAAAAAUUCUUAUAAAAUAAGUGGAUGUGAUUUCGGUGUUGCCUUCUCUGAUCAUUUUACAAAACCAUUUCCUUUAGAGAAACAUAAUGGUGGUAGAGUUUGUAGGAUUGAAGCAAAACCUGGUGAUUUUGUAGGAUUUAAAUGUAUUUAUGAUACCCAUGGUUCUACUGAGCCAAACAACUGUUUUGAUAAUGUUUUUUAUAAUAAUACAAGUACCAAUUUAAAAGAUAUUAUGCCAGGAUACAUUUCCUAUGGAAGUACAGAGAAUAAUUAUUAUGCUUAUUAUUUACAAUUGCCUCAUUUUAUACAAAGUGAUUACACUAUUCAAUGCAAAUGUAGAUCAACUCAGCAUGAAUUUGAUAAUUACAUUUUUGAAUUGAAUGUAAAAGGAGGGGAAAGUGGCAUUAUAAAAAAAUCCUUCAGAAGUUAA